UAACCUUCCUAGUACCACCCAUAUUUGGAUAUUUUACGAGCUAAUUACACCACCCUCAACCAAGUCCCCAACAACCCAAAAAAGUUGUCCCUCUUUAAGUGACGACAGUGAAGUGACCAAUGUGGUCAACUAGAAUACCCUUCCCUUCCCCAUUUCUACUUCUUUGUCGUUCUUCACCAUCUUCUCCAACUGCUCCACUUAAUACUCUACUACCUCUUCCUCACCUCACCUUUCUCUCUCCUCGCCGGCGAUUCGCUACUUACUCCGCCAUGGUCGGACCAAACACAACUUCCGGCGAUUCUCCGGCGGAUCACGUCGUCGGAAAAUGGUUCUCAGUGCCAGAGCUCCGGCUGCGCGACCAUUACUUCACUGUUCCUCUCGAUUACUCUCUCCUUUCUAGUUCAUCUUGCCCUAAAAUCACUGUUUUCGCUCGUGAAGUUGUUGCAGCUGGUAAGGAAGAUCAACCACUGCCAUAUCUUCUAUAUCUUCAAGGUGGACCUGGUUUUGAGUCUCCACGUCCUACUGAAUCAAAUGGUUGGAUCGGUAAAGCAAGUGAAGGCUAUCGUGUUGUGUUGUUGGAUCAGCGUGGAACAGGCUCAUCGACUCCCUUGACUACAUCUUCUAUGCGGCAAAUUAAAUCUGCCGAAGAUCUGGCUGAAUAUUUGAAACACUUCCGAGCAGACAACAUAGUAAACGAUGCUGAGUUCAUUAGACUGCGGAUGGUUCCUGAAGCAGCGCCUUGGACGAUCUUGGGGCAGAGCUAUGGUGGUUUUUGUGCUGUUACAUAUCUAAGUUAUGCCCCACAAGGGUUAAAGCAAGUCCUCCUAACAGGUGGAAUUCCUCCCAUUGGAGAUGGCUGUACUGCAAAUGCUGUCUAUCAUGCAUGCUUUGAAAAGAUUGCGCACCAAAAUGAGAAAUAUUAUGAAAGAUUUCCUCAGGAUGUUGAAGCUGUUCAAGAUAUUGUUAAGUACUUGGCAAAUUGUGCAGAAGGCGGGGUCCCUCUACCAUCUGGUGGAAUGUUAACCCCAAAAGGACUUCAAACUCUUGGCCUUACUGGUCUAGGGUCUGGUGCUGGUUUUGAGCGGUUGCAUUAUAUGUUAGAGAGAGCCUGGGAUCCUAUCAUAAUUCCAGGUGCACAAAAGCAACUCAGUGAUUACUUUCUGAAUGCAUUCGAGAGCUGGGUGGCUUUCAACACGAACCCAUUAUAUGCGAUACUUCAUGAGUUGAUUUACUGCCAAGGUGCUCCGUCACAGUGGGCUGCUCAAAGAAUAAGGGAAGCCAAUGGAAGCAAGUUUGAUGCAAUCAAGGCAGCCAAAGAAGGGCGUCCUGUAUAUUUCACAGGAGAGAUGAUAUUCCCAUGGAUGUUUGACGAGUUUUCUGCCUUGAAACAUCUCAAGGAAGUGGCAAACUUACUGUCUGAGAAGAAAGAUUGGCCUCCAUUGUAUGACAUAGCAGCACUGAAGAAUAACAAGGUUCCUGUAGCAGCUGCGGUCUACUAUGAUGACAUGUAUGUGAACUUUAAGUUGGCCAUGGAAACUGCUGAACAUAUUUCCGGGAUCAGGCUUUGGAUAACUAAUGAAUACAUGCAUUCCGGUUUACGUGAUGGGGGAAGUGAUGUCUUUGAUCAUCUGAUGGGAAUGCUCAAUGGAAAGAAGCCCUUGUUCUAAACAAUCCUGUCAGAUAUUUUUUGUUUAUUGAAUUCUAGUAUUCUUUAUCAAUAUCCUUGCAUCAAUUGGCAGAUUGUAUGUGUUUCACCGCGUUCAUGGUGAGGCCCGAAUAAGUUCUGAACGAAGAUAAGGGACUUUCUAGUAUCUACUAGGGGGUUCAGGCUCUAAUCCUUGUCCCAUAAAACUUUCUGAUAUUUUCUCUUAAUGUAAUAAUAUAAGUUUUUGGCUCAAUUAAUGAAACUGAACUCGAUUAUAGCAA